AUGAGUUCGAUUGAAAUGUCCAGUGAAAGAUCGAAAUCUAUUGAUGAACCAACGUCAACAACCACUGAUAGUGCAAAAGAUUAUUCAACAAAUAAAUGCAUGCGAAUUCUCUGCACUCGUUCACUUCUUUGUAGUGCAAUUUAUUUUGCACUCGCUUAUUUUGUUCAAGGCAUAACCGAUAUAGCAUCGGGCUUUGUUAAUUUACCGUUACAAACUGUCUUAAAAGAUAAACUCCAACUUUCACCAUCUCAAAUGGGCACCUUUUUCUUUUCGUGUACAAUAACUUGGUCAAUUAAACCACUCUAUGGAAUUCUAAGUGAUUUUGUGCCAAUAUGCGGCUACCAUCGACUUGUCUAUCUUCUCAUAACGACGGUGCUUAAUUUAUGUGCAUGGAUCGCUCUUUAUUUUGCUCCAACAGAAUACAAUUAUUUAUUAAUAUUUUGUGUUUUAGCAGCAUUCUCAUUGGCGUUCAAUGAUGUUCUGAUUGAUGCGCUGAUGAUUUCACUUGGCCGACCGUUGGCCUUGAUUGGUACAUUACAAGGCAUUCAACAAACAUCAGCUAAACUUGCUUCAACUAUUUCGCAAAUACCAGCUGGUAUUCUUGCGUCGUCGAGCUCAACAGCAUUGCAAUAUAAUAAUCAAACAAUAAAUAAUCAUACAAUGAAAAUUUUAAGAAAUCAUCAAAACUCUAAUAAAUAUAUUUUUUUAAUUGCUUCUCUUUGUCCGAUAAUUUUAUUUUUUGCAACAUUGAUUGCAGUACGAGAACGUCGGCGAAAAUUCAAUAAAAAUAAUUUUGUCCAAACAUGGUCAGUUUUAUCACGAAUAUUUCAAUAUAAACGAUUUUGGAUUAUAACGAUUUUCCUAUUUGUUUAUUCGGCAUCGCCACAAUUAAAAACAGCAUUAUUUUACUAUUACCGUGAUAUACUACAAUUUGAUCCGUUUUAUGUUUCAAUAUUAAAUACAAUCUAUAAUGGUUGUGGAAUUUUAUCGGCACUCAUUUAUCUAUCAGUGUUUUCUCAUCAUCCAACAAAACGUGUACUUCGCAUUGCAAUUGUAAUGCGAUUGUUUGCCAUUGCAUCCUAUCUUUUUGCAACAGAUAAAAUAACAUCAAUAUUUGUUGCUAUAUUCACAGGCUUUUGUUCCGAAAUAACAAAUUUAGCAUUACUUCAUCUAGCAGCAAAAUCUUGUCCGAGAAAUAUCGAAGGAACUCUGUUCGCAUUAUUUGUGUCGUGUAUUAAUUUUGGAGUGGCGACAGGCGAUUGGCUGGGUUCAAUUAUAUAUGAAUAUCUAGGUUUUAUUGCUCUCAUUAUCAUAGCCAUUGCUUGGAUUGGCACAACAAUAUUAGCAACAUGUCAUAUUGGUGAACAUGGCAUUGGAUCAACACUCGAUGAUGAUGAUGACGAUGAAAGUAAUGAUAAAUAUCAUUAUUAUGAUGUUGUGGAAAAACGAAUAGACACUGUAGAAAAUGAAGAACUCAACGACAAAGACGCCAAUAGUUCAACGACCUGA